AUGAAGGCAAUCCUGUUCUCUUUGGUGUCGCUUUCUAUUGUCCAGGCAAGCCGCACUGUGACCCUGUUGAAUGACGACAUCAACGCUUCUCUGAAGGCUCACAAUAAUGCUCGAGUAGUUGCCAGGGCACCAGCUCUGUCCUUGAAAUUUGUAUAUGGUUUUAUUAAAGUAUUCCAAGCCACAGAGUGUACAACUAGUAUUUACUUGUAUGUUGCAAGCCAUAGCAAGUUGGCCAUGCCAGCCACCAUGAAGUCCAUCCAGUUGUUUCUCGCUAUUUUAGCUGUGGCCUAUGCCGGUGUGUCCGUGCCUCUGACCACAGCCAACAUUGACGCGUUUCUAAAAUCUCACAAAGACGUGAGGGCGGCUCUCAAGAUUCCAUCCCUAGACAUCACUCUUCUUGAUGCAUCCAUUGCCUCCCUACCCUCAACUGAUCCGUAUAAAAACUCUGCUGAUAGUGAAGCAGAGAAAAAUGUAUGGAACACCACGUUGGCCAACUACGCCAAAAACUGGACAGCCCAGUGCGCUUUUAAACACAGCUACGGACCGUAUGGAGAGAACCUGUACAUGUCUUCACCAUUGAGCUCAAAUGCCACUGAUAUAGCCUACAAGAGCGCUUCUGCCUGGAAAAGUGAACUGGUCAAUGUGGUCGACUUCACCAAAUGGUCGUGUAUUACAACAUCACCAACAUGUGGUCACUAUUCACAGAUGGUGUGGAAAAAAUCAACAUCGGUAGGUUGUGCCUUCACUCAGUGCGUCAAUGUUACUGGAGCCAUGCCUAAUCUGGUCUCAUGUAAUUACUACCCACGGGGCAACUACAUUGGUCAGCUGCCCUAUUAG